GAGCACCCAAUUCCCCUCAUGUCUCCCAAAUCGCCGCCACCAACCGCCUCGUAUGCCUCCUCCGACCCACCUCGCCGUCGGCCCUCCCGCUCCCCACUCCCACAUCACAGCUCCGGAGGCUACCGGAUCCGCCGCAUCCACCAUCCACCCAUCCCUCUCCCGUCCCAUCCCUCUCUCUUCACGCGGCUUCUCGAUGCGCCACCUGCGUCGGCUAAUUCACGCGGCGUCCGGCGAAUCCCGCCACCGUAAAGCACAGCUCGAGGCCCCCUCGCAUCAUGGACCCCCCCAACCUCCCACACACACACAAUCAGGCUAGGUCCGGCGCUCGCAGCCACCAAAGACCACCGACUAGCCUCCCCCUAUGGCUAGGGUUUCGGGCGCCGGGCAUCGGCUCCGGCGCUGGUGGCCAUGUCGUUCUCUUUUCCACUUGCUUGCCCCUGCAGUCAUCUCUUGUUACCUAGUUCUGUUAUCGUUGAAGAGAUUGUUUGGAAAUUGCUGCACACAGACCUGCUUGCACGUCUUCGGGGCAGCGAUGACGGCGAUGUCUGCUCUUUGUCGCUUUCCCUCUUCCCACUGAAGUGGACACUGGUAAAGAUUGGGAUAAAGUUCCACCCGUCCCUACUUAUGACUGUUCUUUCUUCUUCUGACUGUUCUUGCAUAUAGAUCCUAUUUUGUUUUCAUUGAUGGAACAAUGAGUUUGUUUUUACCCUGUGAGAAUAUCUGAGUAAGGCCAAGAAUCUGUGUGGUUGAAUUCAUGUUGGAUUCACAGAAAUAGUGUAUGAUUUUUGUUUAUUAUUAUCAUGUACCCUGUGAUUGUCCAAGUGAGUAUGAGAUUUAAUUCCGGUUGUGCAAGAUUUGUGCCUAACUUGAACCAUCUUCGCAUGUAUUUUCCAUUGAUCAAGUGUUGAUGAUGUGUUGAUCCGUCGAGUUGAGAUUUAGUUUUUUCAUGACCAUGCUGAUGAUUUGUUAAUCCUGUCAAUAACUUGUUGUCUUAUCCUUGAUUGUACUCUGAUAGAUGUGAAGUGCAAGUAAGUGCUCCCGUUUACACUUUUGACUAAACCAAGGCUUUUUUGCUAAGCUAAUUUUAUUCCAGUUUUCAUGUAUUACUCCUGAAAGUAUUUAUAACAAUUUAUUCCUGGAAUAUUUUGUCCCUUUGUUGAUUGUCUAUAUGCACAGCUAAAUCCUGAAAGUAGAUGUUCGGCUGUUAAGCUCCAGCAAAUCUUGUAUUUCAUCUAGCUAAACUUGAUUCAUUCUUCCCCCACGGUUUUAAACUUCAUAGCCUGUGCGAACAAAUAAAUAUACAUUUGCAUUGGGUUGUAAUAGUCUUAGAUGGAGCAUCUGAAUUUGACAAUCAUGCAGUGUUUCUUGCAAUUAACUGAGCACUCGACUUCAAUGGUGCUAUUUCAGGUUUCAGUCCAUUGGCAACAAAAGAAUUUGUAUGACUGAGAUCGAGUUAUAUACAUUGUGAUAUAUGCAUCCGAUGACCUGGAUACAAGAUGCCAGUGACUUGCUGGAUUUCACAUUGCACGUGUGAUGUUUUGUGCAUCGAUACUCACAACACUACAAGAAUGCGACAGAUUGACUAUGCUGCACGCACCAACUCGAUGCAGGGGGACGCCAUGGAGCAAGUCGAGUUCGUGGAACAAGUCAUGGACGAUGCCAUGGAAGAUGAAUUCAGGGCAGGGCAUGUCGAUAAGGCACUUGUGAAAACUAAAGAUUUGGUAGGGAGUCACAAAAACUGCACUACUCCCAGCAAUACAGAAAAAACAAAGAUGGCAUGGCCUUCAACCUUUAUUCAAAAGAUAUAUGGAUGAAUAUAUGGGUUUAGUGGCAAGUAUACUGCAAUUGAUGACGUAGCAUCGCUAGCAAGAAUGAACGGGUCCGCGUGAUAUGCCAUCACUGUCCUGUUAACACAGGUCUUCCUGUAAUCAUUAACCUUUACCUGACCAAGAGGGAUCCAUGUACACCUGAAUAAUGCCACCUUAACUUUCACAUAGUUAAGCUUCUAAAUAUCUUUGAUGGUUUCGUAGUAUACCUUUUUAUCAACUUUAUUUAUAGUCAUGCAUUCUAUUUGAACAAAGUUGUUCUGAUAUGAGGUCUUCUUAUCACGUUCCUUAGUGUAGAACGUGUAGCCAUUUAGGUCAUAUGCUUGGUACGUCAACACCAUAGGUGAUGGCUUUUGUGCCAACCAUGUAGCAAUGUCAUCGAUGGAUCCUUGUGCCAAACGAUUCUUCAACCAUUCGGCGUAGUUCUUAGUGUGCUCCUUUAUCUCCACAUUUGAUGGAUAGACCAUUGGUAAGAAGUGUUCUUAGUGUGCUCCUUUAUCUCCACAUUUGAUGGAUAGACCAUUGGUAAGAAGCUUUGCCGUAUCUCUGCCAAGUGUUCUUCGUCAUAAGCGCUGAGAACUGGUCAAGUGUUCUUCGUCAUAAGCGCUGAGAACUGGGCUGUUAAGCAGCACCAUCAAAUGGGCUCUCUGCCAAUUCUCUGGGUGCAGCCUUUUGCGUGCCAGCAAGGAUCGACCUACCUUUCAGCCUUCCCUCAUGGUAAGAUAGGGGC